GCGUGUGUGUGCGUGCGUUUGUGCGACGGACCAAAAAAGCCGACAUCAGCGCCCAUUUUUUGUUGUUGAUUCAUUAAAACGCCCGUCAUGCGCCAGUAUUGGUGAGUUGGAGCAGCGCCCCCUCUCACUCGCACUCAGCGGCGGCAGUCGAAGAAACAGUUGGCGCAGAAAGAGCACAGGGAGCGGCGGAAGAAGAAGCACCAGCAGCAGCGGCAGUCAACGUCAUAAAAUUUGUCAUCGCACUUGGCACAAGAAUAACAGUUAAUAUAAACCGCCAUGAUCCUGCUGGAAAUCAAUAAUCGGAUUAUCGAGGAGACGCUGCUGGUCAAAUACCGUAAUGCCCAGGCGGGACUGAAGCCAGAAUCAAUAGACAUACGAAUAGCAGACUUUGACGGUGUGCUUUAUCACAUUUCCAAUGUGAAUGGCGAUAAAACAAAAGUUCGGAUCAGCAUAUCGCUGAAGUUCUACAAACAACUGCAAGAGCAUGGAGCCGACGAGUUACUGAAGCGUGAAUAUGGCAGUCUGCUCACAGACACGGAAGAAGGCUACAAUGUUUCUGUACUUAUUAAUCUGGAGGAGAUUCCCGAGGACUGUGAGCAAAUCGCAAAGAGAAUCGGUCUGCUAAAGCGCAACUGUUUCGCCUCCGUUUUCGAAAAGUAUUUUGACUACCAGGAGCAGGGUGAAGAGGGGCAAAAGCGUGCCGUAAUUAACUACCGCAACGAUGAGACUUUGUACGUGGAGGCCAAGCCCGAUCGUGUCACCGUUGUCUUCAGCACCAUUUUCCGGGACGAGGACGACGUCAUUAUCGGCAAAGUAUUCAUGCAGGAAUUGAGGGAAGGACGACGUGCCUCGCAUACAGCGCCGCAAGUGCUCUUCUCGCACCGCGAACCGCCGCUGGAAUUGGCCAACUCGGACGCCAGGGUGGGCGACAAUAUCGGCUAUGUCACAUUCGUACUCUUCCCUCGACACACCAACAAAGAAACAAGGGACAAUACCAUUAACCUAAUCCACAUGUUCCGAGAUUAUUUGCACUACCACAUUAAGUGUUCAAAGGCUUAUAUUCAUUCGCGCAUGCGUGCAAAAACCUCGGAUUUCCUCAAGGUGCUAAAUCGUGCAAGGCCCGAGCCGAAAAACACAGAGAAGAAAACUAUAACGGGGAGAACUUUCAAACGCAUCGAAUGAUGUGUGCAGUAUAUUUAGUUGUUUUUAUAUAAAUAUAAAAAAUAAAUUGUGUAUUAAAAUGCGAAAUCCGAACAUAAUUUUGGCCAAGCAAUGCAAAAUUCAGCAUAAACUAAACAAGAUAACAAAAGAAAACCAAGUAUUCCAAAACAAACCUUAAGGCUAAAUGUAAGCUCAGCAAAAUAAUGAACAAAGAAUUAAUAGUUACGCGUUAAUAAAUGAAUUGUGUGUGUUUUGUGUCGAGUCAGCGUCAAAGUCCGUGUCUCCGCCAAUUUGUUACAGUCAUCAGCCAAGUCAGCGUCACAGCAGAGCCGCAUUUUAAACCAAUAAACCCCUAAACUUAAGUGCAACAUGAGAACUAAAACUACCAUGUCAAAACGAGCAACACGACUAAGGGAUGCCACCAACUUGUUAUAUAGUCGCAAUGGAGGAUUCAUCCCCGCAAUUAGCCUAUAUGUGUAGAAAACGCAUUUAAAAACGUACUGCAAAUAUUAACAAACCUUUGAUACAUCAAUCGGAAUUAAUAAAAACGAGAAAAUCAAAUUGCAAUAUAAAAUACA